AUGGCCAACAACGAAUACUACAAUACGAAUAUCCCACAACCCCCCAGUUACAACCAUGCUGUACCCGGGAACAUAGACCAAAACCCGCCUACAGCUCCUGGAUUUGGCUAUGCGAGCCCCAGUUACAACCACAAUGAUCCUUCAGCCCCUUAUCACAAUCGAGAAAGUCAACAGUCGUUCGCAUCGGACAAUGGACAUUACCAGGCAGCCGGACGGACAACGGAAGGCGAUAAUUAUGCAGAAAACAUCCCUUUGAAGACCAACAACCCCCAAUAUGGACAGAAUCCAGAUUGGAUGCGCCAACAGACGCAGUACCCUCCAUCGCCAGGGGGUAUUGAAGAUAGCCGACAACGUGAUGGCCGAAAGAAGAAGGGAUUCUUCAGCAAGAAGAUUGCCUGGGUGACAUACAUCUUGACAUUAGCCCAGAUCAUCGUAUUUAUUGUCGAACUGGUCAAGAAUUCCCAGUUGACAGGGUCAGUAAUUGAGACGAAGCCCACCUUCAAUCCGAUGAUCGGGCCCUCACCGUACGUCCAAAUCUACAUGGGAGCGCGUUAUAAUCCGUGCAUGAAGAACAUCGAGGGGGUCCAGAAUGCCAAUCAAACCAUCCAGUGGCCUUGUCCAAGUUCUACAUCGACGACGGGAAAUUGCACAUUGUCUGAAGUAUGUGGCUUUAGCGGCGUUCCCAACCCCCGUGUUUCGGGGUCGACGGAUGAUCGGCCGGCUCCCAACCAGUGGUACAGAUUCAUCCUCCCCAUCUUCUUGCAUGGAGGAUUCAUCCACCUCGGAUUCAACCUCUUAGUUCAGGUGAGCAUGGGCGCGGACAUGGAGCGCAUGGUUGGCAUGUGGCGCUAUACUUUGACCUACUUCGCCAGCGGUAUCUUCGGGUUCGUUUUUGGUGGAAACUAUGCCGCGCAGCUCGAUCCCAGCGAUGGCUGCUCGGGCGCCCUAUUUGGUAUCCUUGCACUUUACCUUCUUGACCUGCUGUAUGACUGGCCCCAGCGCGAAUCUCCGUGGGUUGAGCUUAUCAUUAUGCUCCUCGGAGUGGGUGUCUCCUUCGUUCUUGGUCUUCUCCCAGGAUUGGACAACUUCUCCCACAUUGGUGGCUUCAUAAUGGGUCUUGCUAUUGGCUUGACUAUCAUGCGGUCGCCUAACGCUCUGCGCGAGCGGAUUGGGCUCGCACGGCAGCCGUACGUUGCUAUGACCGGCGGAGCUGGCCAAGCUGGCCCCGAGCAAAAGACCACCUCCUUCAUGGAUUUCUUCAAGGGUAAGCGAGGCCUCACCUCUAGCUCGACAGAAACCCCCGGUCCUGCAACAGGCCCGCUGAACUUCUUCAAGGGCCGUAAGCCUCUUUGGUGGCUGUGGUGGGUGGUCCGUGCUGGUGCGCUGGUUGCGGUCCUGGUUGGUUUCAUCAUGUUGAUCAUCAAUUUUUAUAAAUACCCCUCCUCAAACUGCGACUGGUGCUACCGGUUGAGUUGCCUGCCUGUCAAUGGCUGGUGUGAUCAGAACAACCUGCCGGUAGCUACUACUACUAUAUCUGGCGGCAAAACCGGUUGA